AUGGCUGCGGACGUGCUCGAAAGCUCGCAUGACCGAUACAUAGCUCUAUCACCGAGCGGGCAGACUGCCAGAGCGGCGACCACUGCCACUGGCGGAUGCACGGUUAGCACUGCUAACAGCGACAGCGCGAGCAGUGCCGGCGGCUGCGAAAGCGGCGCCAAGGACCCAUUCCUUUGGCCCCAGCCACUGCCCGGCGAUGAGCACCUCGUCUACGCCUGCCGCAGCGGCGACCUGGACGCUAUCAGAGUCGCCGCCACCCCGCUGGCCGGCGAGGCGGCAAUGGCGGCGCUGCGCGCGCUGCUCUCGGGCCCGCACGACGCGCCCGCCCCCGCCGCCCGCCCCGCCGCGCCCGCGCCGUGGCACUCGCGCCCGCUGGACGCCGCCGGCAACGGCGCGCUGCACCUGGUGCUGCUGGGCGGCCUGCAGGCGCAGCUGUGCGGCAUGGGGGCGCGCGCGGCGGCGGCGGUGCUGGACGCUUUGGACGCCAGCAGCGGCACCGGGGGCGGCGGCGGCGGCGGCGGCAGCUGCAUCGACGGGAUCAACCACUCUGAGAUGCGGGUUCAUGAGGCACAGCAGCCCCUGAAGCGGACCAGCUCG